AUGCAAGAUAAAAGAGCCAUUCCAGUUCUCAGAAGUGUAUUAGAAGACAAAAAUCAAGAUCCUAUAGUACGCCACGAAGCCGGGGAAGCACUAGGUGCUAUUGGUGACCCAAACCUUCGUGAGAUCCUUGAAAAAUAUCAAAAUGAUCCAGCAAUAGAAGUUGCUGAAACAUGUCAAAUUGCUCUACAAAGGCUGAAUUGGGUUGCAGACGAGAGUGCUAAUGAAAGUAAUCUGUCAAAGAGUCCAUACUGCUCAAUAGAUCCAGCGCCACCAAGUAGUGAGUCAGAUAUAGAAUCCUUAAAAAAUACAUUGAUGGAUGAAAAUAAAACCUUAUUUGAGAGAUAUAGAGCAAUGUUUAGUUUACGAAAUUUAAGCACAACAGAGAGUAUUAACGCUUUAGGCCAGGGUCUCAAAGCGAGCAGUGCACUAUUUCGUCAUGAAGUGGCUUUUGUGUUUGGUCAGAUGCAAGAUGAGCGCAGUGUGCCUUACCUAAAACAGACUUUAGAGGAUACCAAUGAGCAUGAGAUGGUGAGACACGAAGCAGCCGAAGCACUUGGUUCUAUUGCUACUGAGGAAUGUACCGAAGUACUAAAGAGGUACCUGAAUGACCCCCGUCGUGUUGUGCGAGAGAGCUGUGAGGUUGCUUUAGAUAUGUCUGAGUACGAAAACAGUCCUGAAUUUCAAUAUGCUAACACCUUGCUGACAGUCAAUGCU